ACUAUGGAGUUAUAAUUGCAAACAUCUCGCCCUUCCUAUCUGCGUCCCAUGAUCGAAAUUAAGAGACUUUGGCGGUAAUAACGGCGGCACUCCCCAAGACUCGAAAUCAAGAAACGUUGGGGGUAACAUCGGCGGUCGAUCAUCUCUGUCGUCAUUGAGUAGAGGAAAGAAAGUAAAGAAAACAGUAUGGGAGUUCAUGGGCUUUGGGAACUCCUCGCCCCCGUUGGCCGCCGAGUCUCUGUUGAAACCCUUGCUGGGAAAAAACUCGCAAUUGAUGCGAGCAUAUGGAUGAUACAGUUUAUGAAGGCAAUGCGAGAUGAGAAGGGAGAGAUGGUUCGGAAUGCUCACAUAUUGGGAUUCUUCCGUCGAAUUUGCAAGCUUCUCUACCUCAGGACUAAGCCUGUGUUCGUAUUUGACGGCGGCACGCCUGCGCUUAAGCGGCGAACAGUCAUUGCUCGCCGCCGCCAGCGCGAGAAUGCCCAGGCUAAGAUUAGAAAGACUGCGGAGAAAUUACUUCUCAAUCACCUUAAGGCGAUGAGGUUGAAAGAAUUGGCAGCGGAUCUUGAGAAGCAGAGGCAAGAGAAUGAUACUAAAGGGAAAAGACCCAUCAUACAGGAACCAAAUAUUCUACAGAACACGGAGAAAGGAAAUGAUGCUGAGGCCGUUAAUUACAAUCAGGAAGAAGUGGAUGAGAUGUUGGCAGCUUCUAUUGCUGUAGAGGAGAAUGAGGGUUUUAGUUUUGAUGCAUCGACAUCAGGUGCUGGUGAUCCAGAUAACAAAGUAUUUGAUGGAGAAGAGGAUGAGGAUGAUGAUGAAGAUGAAGAAAUGAUACUACCAGAGAUGCAUGGAAAAGUCGAUCCUGCUGUCUUGGCAGCUCUUCCUCCAUCCAUGCAACUUGACCUCCUUGUUCAGAUGAGAGAGAGACUGAUGGCUGAGAACAGGCAGAAGUAUCAAAAAGUGAAAAAGGCUCCAGCAAGGUUUUCAGAACUACAAAUACAGGCUUAUCUCAAAACAGUGGCUUUCCGCCGUGAGAUAGAUGGGGUACAGAAGUCUGCUGCAGGGAGGGGAAUAGGUGGCGUGCAGACUUCACGAAUUGCAUCUGAAUCUAAAAGAGAAUUUAUUUUCUCCUCAUCAUUUACUGGGGACAAACAAGCCCUUACAUCUGUUGGACAAGAGGUCGUAGGAGCUGAUCAAAGUCAGCCUGAGCCAGUUAAUUGCUCUACCGAUGCUGUCAAUGAAAUUCUGUCGACCAGUGGUGCAGUUGGACCAACAGUGGUUGAAACUGAAAAGGCGUUUCAUGAUGAUGUGGAGACAUAUCUGGAUGAGAGAGGUCGUGUUCGGGUCAGUAGGGUAAGAGCGCUGGGUAUUCGUAUGACUCGAGACCUGCAGAGGAAUUUAGAUUUGAUGAAGGAGAUUGAUCAGGAGAAAGCAGAUACAGAUCAAGAGAAAAAUAAGGAAUCCACCACUGCAGAACUGGUUGAUGACCUAGAAAGGUCAUCUGACAGGAUCCAGCAUCGAGAAGUUUCUGAUAAGAUUAAUAACAGAAUGAAUGAUGAAAUUGACAAAACAGAUGAGCCUGCAGUGGUAAAUGGAACUUCUAUCGAGAUUUCCUUUGAAGAUACAUUGGAUAACGAAUGUGACAAUGAUGAUGAUAAGUUGUUUGCUAGUCUGGUGGCCGGAAACCCCGUAAUGGACUUCGCUGUUGAUAAUUCUGCCUCAGUGAAACAAACUUCAGACCACUCUGCUUCAGAUUUUGAGUGGGAGGAAGGUGUCAUUGAAGAGAAAAGGUCGGCGUAUCUGUUCGAAGGAGGCAUGAGAGGUGAGGGAGAAGUAGAGUGGGAGGAAGAAGUUCAGGACAUUCAAUUGAAGUCCUCAUCUUGUCCAGACGAAAGCCAGAAAACUGUUAGAAAGGGUGCUCUGCAGGAAGAAUCUGAUAUUCAGGAGGCAAUUAGAAGAAGUCUUGAGGAUACAAGGGGUUGCAGAUCCAUGAAUAACUUUCAUGAAAAUAGCAUAUGCGAAAGAGGUAGAGAAGUGGUUACCAAAGAGCACAUGACACAUGCAUGUCAGGUGCAGUCUGUUUAUGAAGGGAAAGAAGGCCCUGAGGUUGAUGCCUCAAUGAUCAAUGUAAGGCAACCAUUUGGCUCAUCGAAUAUCCUUGAGAACAACUGUUCAGAAGCUAAAUCUGCUGCGUUCAUGGAUUUGAAACAUGAAAAAAGCAGCUUAGACCUGAAGCUUUCGAGUGAAGAUGCUGGCAUAAGCGGAAAUUUGACUGGAGAAAAACUUGUGACUCCAGAUACUAUUCCUGAAGAAGAGGAGUUGUGUGUGACUGAGAAGCAGCCAAUAGACACUUGUAGUGAAGAUGGCAAUAGCCAUGCAGCAAACAAACUAGAGGAUACUUGUAGCGGGCUGGCUGCUCAUAAUGUUAGUGGCUCUGCGUUUAGUUCUGUUAUUCAUGAACUGAAUGACAGAGCCCUUGACUCAGGUUCUGCUGAUGCUCAACACAUGUUUCAGGCAGCAUCAGACGACCAUGCUUGUGACACUGCAAAAAUUGGAAAAAUUUCAACUGAUGAUUCAAUAACUGAUUUAGAUGGUGUGAAAGAUUUGGGCAAGGAGAAAAUUUAUGGUAACUUUUCAAUGGAAAAGGAGGAAACUACGAGAAAUUCUUCAUUUAUGGAUGAUGACAAGGAGCAGGAGAUCAUGGAGGCUCAUCUGGAGGAAGAAAUGCUGUUUCUAGGUAUAGAACGUGAAGAGCUAGGAAGUGAGCAACGGAAACUGGAGAGAAAUGCAGAAUCAGUAAGCAAUGAAAUGUUUGCUGAAUGCCAGGAGUUGCUUCAAAUGUUUGGCAUACCAUAUAUUAUUGCACCAAUGGAAGCUGAAGCUCAAUGUGCUUUCAUGGAGCAAUCAAAUCUUGUUGAUGGUGUGGUCACAGAUGACUCUGAUGCAUUCUUGUUUGGAGCACGAAGUGUGUACAAAAAUAUCUUUGAUGAUCGCAAAUAUGUGGAAACAUACUUAAUGAAGGACAUCGAAAAUGAGCUUGGGUUAGAUCGAGAAAAAUUAAUCCAUAUGGCACUGCUUCUUGGGAGUGAUUAUACCGAAGGCAUAAGUGGCAUUGGAAUUGUCAAUGCAAUUGAGGUUGUAAAUGCAUUUCCUAAGAAAGAUGGUCUUCGUGAAUUCCGAGAAUGGAUUGAAUCGCCAGAUCCCACUAUUCUUGGAAAAUUAGAUGUGGAAGCAGGGGGUAACUCAAGAAGGAAAGGAUCAAAAGGUAGUGAGAGUAUGAUGGGUGGCUCAAGUAGCAACACAGAAGGGAGGUCUUGUGAUCAAAGUGAACCACAACCUGUGGAUGAGGCCAAAAGGAUAAAGCAGAUUUUCAUGGAUAAGCAUAGAAAUGUGAGCAAAAACUGGCAUAUUCCUGCUACUUUUCCAAGUGAUGCUGUGAUUUUAGCAUAUGCUUCUCCACAGGUGGAUAAAUCAACAGAUCCGUUUUCAUGGGGAAAGCCGGAUCUUUUUGUGCUUCGCAAGUUGUGCUGGGAGAAGUUUGGGUGGGGCAUGUCAAAAUCAGAUGAAUUGCUGUUGCCAGUUCUAAAGGAGUACAACAAGCAUGAGACGCAAUUGAGAUUGGAAGCAUUCUACACAUUCAAUGAGAGAUUUGCCAAGAUCCGAAGUAAGAGAAUAAAGAAGGCUGUCAAAGGAAUAACAGGGGAGAAAUCUUCUGACUUGAUGGAUGACACUACACCACAAUCUGGGAGUGGAAAGAAACGAAAAGUGAGGCCUAGUGAGAAUGAAGCCAACCAAUCAGGAGGAGGUUCAGAAGGAUUGGAUGGUUGCGGUACUAGUGAUAACACCAUAAAAAAAACAACUGUGAGGCGGUUAAAAGGAGGACAGACAAAAGAAAAGACUUCGCGGAGGAACUUAGAACUAUCAACUAAUGUAGAUAACCAUCUUCUCACCAGGAAAGAAUCGCAUAUAAGAGGACAUCUUAGUGGAAAAGGGAGGAGGAAACAAAGGAAUUCUUCUGGUGAAGAUACUGAAACUGGCAGUGAUGAUGGCACCUAUAGUGGAAGUGACAAGGAAAAGCAACUUGACAUAUCGAAAGAAUCUUUCCAAGUACGACGGUCCGGGCGAAUUAGAAAGACUGUGAAUUAUACUGUUGCUGAUGUAUUUGACAACUGUGAAGAGGAGAGUCCUAAUUGCCUCGAAGAAGGUGCUGUGACUAAGGAGUCGUUAAUGGAUCAAGUAGUUGGUAGUGUUGAUAAGAGCAAUGUAAAUGAACACAAAGAAGGUAAUGAUGUUGGGAUGGGAAGUAGACUUUGUGUGGAUGAAACUGAACAAGCAUCCAGGAUGGAUGAGAUGAGGACCAGUCAGUUUAGUGAUAGUCAAAUUGAUGAUCCUGUCAACCAGAGCCAUUUAUCGAAAGAUUAUCUGCAGUUUGGGGGUGGAUUCUGCAUGGAGGAGGAUGAAGAGGUGGAGCUUAAUGGGCACGCAUCAUGUCCUCCAAAAGAAGUGAUCCCUGAGAAACCAGAUGUUCUUGAUAGUGUUGAUUCAGCAGUGGAAGAAAAUCAUGAAAGUGAUCGGUCGAUUAUAACUCCAAUACCAUCGUAUGGGAAGACAGAGUCGUCUGAUACUGAGGUAAUUAUGGCCGAUAAAAGGCCAAGUGAUGAUAUUUCAUCAGAUGGUACCAAGAAUGAUCCUGGGAGUUCCUUACCAAAAUCUCUUCGAGCAAUGCCUAAUCUGAGAAGGAAGAAGAGAAAAACUUGAGAUCGGAAAGGAAUAAUUUAUUGUCCCGCGCUUGAAAGUGUGCCUAAUGAACUGUUUGGAUUUGUUGAAGAAAGUGGGGUAUUGCAAGAAAAUUAAAUUGUGGAGUAAAAGUGGGACAAAAGUAUGUUGAGAAAGAUAAUAUAGUGAGUUAUUUUACUAGAAUUGCUUAUCUGUUUAUGUUUCCUCUUGUUUGAUGGGAUGGGUGGAGUGGUGCAAGGUGAAAUGUGCACUAUUUUUGGGAUGGUUGUGAAUGAAGGGAAUCGAUUUGGUGGUUUCAAGUUGUAAUUGGAAUGAAAUAAGUUCAGAUGUAUCCAAGUGUUACUAUCUUUUAUUUA